CCUCAGCCUUCCAGAGUGCUCGCGAGUCUGCCUCACAGAUCUGCUGAUAUUUGCUUGUUGCGGGGGAGGGCGGGAGGCAGUGUCCAGCCCAGCAGAGGUCUUAGCAGCCCGGCUCUGCGGAAGAGCAGCUGCCCGAGGCCUAGGGCCCGAGUCCCCAUCCAACGCCCUCCAUGCCGUUAGCAUGGAGUCCACGCCGCUUUUUGACCUAGCACAGAGAAGAGCCGGCGGCUGACCUCCCCCAGGAAGUGGUCCGAGCAGCCCCAGGGCCGAGAUGUCCAGCCCGUUCCUGAAACAGGUCUUCAACAAGGACAAGACCUUCCGGCCCAAGCGCAAGUUCGAGCCGGGCACGCAGCGCUUUGAGCUGCACAAGCGGGCUCAGGCGUCACUGCACGCAGGGCUGGACUUGCGACAGGCUGUGCAGCUGCCGCCUGGCGAGGAGCUCAAUGACUGGGUGGCCGUGCACGUGGUGGACUUCUUCAACCGCCUCAACCUCAUCUACGGCACGGUGAGCGACGGCUGCACCGAGCACUCGUGUCCCGUAAUGUCCGGGGGCCCCAAGUACGAGUACCGCUGGCAGGAUGAGCACCGGUUCCGCAAGCCCACGGCGCUGUCCGCCCCGCGCUACCUGGACCUGCUCAUGGACUGGGUGGAGGUGCAGAUCAACAAUGAGGACAUCUUCCCCACCAACGUUGGUACUCCCUUCCCCAAGAACUUCCUGCAGGCCGUGCGCAAGAUCAUGUCACGCCUCUUCCGCGUCUUCGUGCAUGUCUACAUCCACCACUUUGACCGCAUCGCGCAGAUGGGCUCCGAGGCACACGUGAACACCUGCUACAAGCACUUCUACUACUUUGUCACCGAGUUUGGCCUCAUCGACACCAAGGAGCUGGAGCCGCUGAAAGAAAUGACUGCUCGGAUGUGUCACUAAGGCCUGGCCAGCCUCAGAGACUCACGGGAGGGCGUCUGAUGGCUUCGUCUUGCAGCUGAGUAUCACGAGGACUUGGUGUCCCUCUCCAAUAGGCUGCACAGGGUCCUCAGAAGCCGGGACCGUGGAUUCCUCCCUCUGGCCGCAAGUCACCUCCGUGAGCCUCAGCCUCCCAUCUGCCCAGGCAGAAGCAGGACUUGAAUUCUGGGACCAAGUGUCCUCAGUGACCGGGAAACCCACUGUGUCUGUGAGGGCCCCCAACCGCCUGUGGGCCGCGGGGUCCCCUCCUCUGAGGACACCCGCCCCACUGGCUCCCAGCCCUCAGUCUGGCCCCACCAGCCCUUGCCAAAGAGGUACUACUGGACCCUCGGGGCCCGCAUCACCUGCCUGUCUCCCCCUUGCACCUCAGUUCCUUCAGCUGCUCUGGAACACUGGGCUCACCCCGUCAGGGGUCUCUCAACUCGGGCGCUGAUCUUAGUGUGACCAUCCUGCCCCACCACAUCUUGAAGUCACCUUCACAUGUGUAUGAAAGAUUCACUUGUAGACAGCCUCAUUUACAAGCAUCUUGACAUGUUCUUAAUGAUGGUUUGUUUUUUUUUGUUUUGUUUUUGUUUUUGUUUUUGUUUUUUUAUUUUGGUACUGGGAUCAAACUCAUGUCCUUGUGCUUGCAAGGCAGGCGCCAAAACACUGAGCUAAAUCCCCAGUCCCUUAAUGAUGUUUUUAAACCAGUCAUAGUGGCUUAUGCCUGUAAUUCUAGCACUCAGGAGGCUGAGGCAGGAGGAUCGCCUGAGUUCAAGGCCAGCCUGGGCUACAUAGACAGACCCUGUCUCAAAAAAAAAGUUUUUUAGCCCAUAAACGGUGAGCCUACCUUCGCUGCAGCUCUCCCGCUCCAUCACAAGGGGCCCAGGAAUGAAUUCCCCUGUAGCUGACUCCCUCCUCCACCCUUGCCCAGGAAUUGGUCCACCCUGGGUGUCUGAAAACCUUCUGGCAAAAACCAUUGUGCAAGCUGGCUUGGUGGUUCCAGCCUGUCAUCCCAGCACUCUGAAAAAGGGGCUAGGGAUGUAGCUCAGUGUGGAGGCCUGGGUUCCAUCUCCAGUACCACAAAAACAAAACCAAACAAGAUAACCGCCGUCUCUGUGGCUCCCCGCUGGGCCACAGGACCUGACCCCCAUCUCCCCCGGACCAUUGGGGUCUGUGAGGGCGGAGCCCAGAGGGAGCCAUGCCUGCCCUAGCUGCACCCCACUGAUGUUGCCCAUGGCCCGUGACCCCGGCUCCCCUCCCUUGUCCCCGCACACUGUGCCUGACCAUGCAGAAUUCUGGUCCCUGGGGCGCUUGCAGCUGAACAAGUGCAGUUAACAGUGUCACCGCUGAGCACCAAGCUCUGGGACCCAAUGUCAGUCCCCCUAGAAACCACAAGACUGUGCUCGGAGCCCCAGGACUCUCGAAUCCAGAUGCAGCGGCCUGGCUGUGUCUCCUGGAUGCCAAUGGCCCAGCAACCUAUGGGCCUGCCCAGGGCAGGGCGGUCAUCGGUGUCCCCGUCCCCAGCGCCCUCGCUCCAUGCUGCCUCGAGAACACCGUCUCCCAACCCCGACGCGAACAUGAGAAUAAACUGUCGUUUUUG